AUGUCUUACCUAGCCAUCUUAGUCUGCUUUUCAUUUACCACGCCAUGUUGGAGUAGCCAUAGUCAACUACAUGGAGAUAAUGACGUCAUUGAAACUCCUGCAUUUUUGGAUGGUGACGUCAUCAUUGGUGGCCUCUUUGAUAUUUUCUACACGAAGCAGCGCGUGCAUUGUGACGUUGAUCUCGUGAAUGUGUACUCUGUGAUGGAGAUGGAAGCGGUGAAAUGGUCACUGAAGCGUCUCAACGAUAUUGACUUCAUCCCUGGAGUCAGUUUGGGACUGUUAGCAUACCCAACUUGUGGAGUACCAGCUAUUUCUACUCUCCAAGCCAGCAAAUUUCUCCAGCAAUUACGUGAAAACAAAGCAUCAAACAAAACCAAGAAACCGCCCUUUAUCAAAGCUGUGAUGGGACCCACCUUCAGUUCUGAAUCUGCAAAUGUGUCCCGCAUGUUAAGCAGUGUUCCAGACGACUAUAAACUACUUCAGAUGUCCUUUUCGUCGACGGCCGCCUUCCUGACAAACGUAUCCAACAAAUACACGAAUUUCUUCAGAACUAUUCCCUCUGAUGAAAUUCAGAUUGAGACAAUCGUGCAGCUUUUAAUUCGCCUGGAGUGGACGUACAUAGGUUUAUUUCAUUCUGGCGAUUCUUAUGGCAUCGAUGCAACGCUUGGAUUACGUAAAGCUCUUGCAAAGAAGCGCAUUUGUGUUGCAGCCGUUUACCAAUGCAAUAAUGUGCAUUCCAGAUCCAAAAAUCAUUACCAUGAAAUUCUACACAACAUUACCUCGUUAAAUCUAAAAGGUAUUGUUCUCAUAGGAGACGCGGAAAUGGCACUUUCAUUCAUUGAAAGCGUUGGAGAUGGUCCGUUUUUCCAGUACCCAAUACCUUCUAUAAUUUUCUCAGAAAGUAUCGGUAUGCAACCUCAAAAUUUUAAGAUUCCCAAUUCUGGUAAGUUCUAUCCAGCUACAAAAGGUGCAUUUGUUCUUUCGCCGCCUCACAAAGAAGUAUCAGAGUUCUCCGAUUACUGGAGGUCGCUGUUCAUCAAUGAGAGUAAGUAUGAAGAGGAAAGGGGAACCAAUCCCUGGCUUAAAACGAUGUUUGAUGAAUUUCAAAAAUCCUUCGUUGCUGAAGACUUUGUGAGACGGUACCCGUCAUCGAAUUUCAUCCCAUACGCUAUCAUGGCAACAUACAGCAUCGCCAAAGUGAUAAAAAACGUACACUCACAAAUCUGUUCUGGAAAAAGAGGAUUAUGCACCGACAUGGAAGAAAAUCGCGGAGCGGACUAUAUAGAAAUGGCCAGGAAAACUGUGGUAGAUUUUGAGAAAGAUUUUGGACCGAAGGCAAAAUUUAUAAACCUAACAGAACAGAUUUCAUUUUCUGUUGGUGGUGAUGUAAACUUUAGCAAAUCUGAUAUAUUAUACGAGGCCUAUAAUAUCCAAUCUUCUAAUAAAGAUGGAGACUUCAAACCUGUCAGGAUAGCCUCACUGAAGAAAAUUGAAACUCCUGUAGAGGACCGGAAAACUGAGUUUUCAUUCUUCAAAAACAAAGUGAAAUUUUAUAGCAGAAAUGGAACGGUUACGGGUACAAUCAAGUCUGUUUGUGAACCUAACACAACUUGCAGCAUGUGUCUCCCAAAUCAGGAAAUUGAAACCUUUUUAUAUAUUCCGGGUGAUCUCAUUGUGGUAGUGACGUUCCCUAUCCAUGACAGGGGGAUACAACCUCUUCAUUGUGGUUCCCUCAGGCGUUCAAUCGGCCUCGAUGUGGCUUUGGGCGCGGAGUUUGUAAUAAAUAAAUUGAACAAGGACAUGGAAAUCUUCCCAAACAAGAAAAUUGGUCUUCUCUUUCUUGAUACAUGCGAUGACCCUUUGCUUACUUCUAACAGUAUUCUUGAUCUUCAUUUACAUAGCAAACUCGAAAAACUAGAAAUACCAGGUAUUUCUGAUAAAAUAUUAGGAUAUGCUGGAGGAUUUUCGAGUACACCAACACUUCAAGUGGCGGAGAUCACAACAGAACUCAAAUUCGCGCAGGUUAGUUGUUGCGCAACUUCCGAUUUGCUGAGUGACAGAUUGAACUAUCCAUAUUUUCUUGGGUUGGCAACUCCACUGAACCACACUACCAGGGUUAUGCUACAAAUUGUCCGGGCACUUGGUUCUAAUAAUAUUCAAGUCCUAUACACUGACGGAAAAUACGGCGAAUCUGCAGUUAAACUGAUUUUGAAUCUUGCCCCUAAAUUCAACAUAUGUGUAUCACAAACACUCCGAAUUUACGAACAGGAUAGCAAAAGCAUUGACAGUAUUAUAUCGAACUUAAGACGGUAUCCUGCUGUUCGAUAUGUCUUAGCUUACAUAUCGUCGCCUCUUAUGCCCAGAGUUGCCGAGGUAAUAAACGACAAUAUGAGAGACCGUCUUGAGUUUCGCUUCAUUGGCGAAAACGGUUUCAACCAUAGAGAAUACAUGUUGAAAUAUCCAAAACUACGUGGAUCUCUAAUAGUCGCGGAACAACAAAUUCCACAGAGCGACGAAUAUAAAACUUUUCUUAGAAAUAGGGACCCGUCCCAAGACAUGCCAGAAAGCCUUGUCUAUUUCAUGCAAGAAAACCUCAAUUGUUACUAUGACUUUAGUUUCCGGAAACAGUUUCCCCAGAAAUGUCAUCACGGGUUGCUUCACAAAUUCCCUGAGCAUCUGGACCCCUGGACGCCAUACCUAAUCAAGUCCACAACAGCUCUAGUGAAAGGUGCUUACUCCGCCAUACAGAGCAUGUGUAAAGAGGGUACGAUCUGCGCCGAAUAUAGGGAGCAUCCUGAACGAGUUAUAGAAUUCGUGAGAAACGUGACUUUGGAUAUUGACGGUGAUGAUAGAGAAGACCAACUGUUUGAUAAUAAUGGAAAUGGCGUUCUUGGACUUAACAUAUACAGUAUAAAGGAUGAUUUUGAAGAGGUUGGGAAGUGGCGACACGACCGUCCUGACAUCAUUUUCCAGCCAGAUCGUAUGAAAAUUUAUCCUUACGAAUCUAUUUGUGAAGAUUUCACUAACUCAGUUUUAAAGAGUGUAAUCAAAGAAGAGGGUACCGACAAUAUGACUCUCAUCAAAACCAUUUUGCUGUCCGUUUCUGCAGGGAUCAUCGUAUUACUCGUGCUUUUGUUAAUUUGUAUAUGUCGAAGACAGUCUUUCCAUACAUCAUCCGAGUCAUCAGUUGCAACUUCCAAAUCCGACUACAAUUCUAUCGAUGAUUUCAGCAUCUCGAACAUGAAGAGAAUUAGUUCUGAAGCUUCAUGGAAACUCAGUGAUGCUUUGCGUAUGGAAUCGCCAUGUGGAACACCCAAGUCAGCUAGAUCCAUGGAGAAUAUUGGGCACCAUAGAAAUGAGAAACUGCCUUCAAGCAACAAAAGUUCACCGUUAAUUCCUCAAUUCAGAAACUUUCCAGGCAUGUCCCACCAGAUGACAAGUCAACGAAAGAUGCUACAUCAUGGACUACGAAGUGAACCUGUGCUACAUGUAUCUUCACCAAGUACCUCGAGACGUCUCAACUCUGAGACUUUACCUACAAUUCUUAAAUCACGCACAGGUUCAGUUGAUAUACCAAAAUCCAGGCGCCAGCAUUCAGAACCCACUCUGUUGUCGUCGAAUUUUAAUAAAUUACUGUAUCAAGACAAAAGGAGAAAAGAAAGUUUACAAGACAAUGGGUACAUUUCCCCAAUAGCUGGUCCUGACGAAGAGCUGCCAUUAGAUCAAUUCCAUGAGGCGGUACAACUGACUGAUCAAACCGACAAACACAGUGUAGUUUUUGUAGUAGGGAAUCCCAAAAAGCAUAUACAAGUAUAUUCUUGCUAAAGCCAGGAUCUUCAGCAAUUUUAUCACUGUA